AUGACCAAGUCGGGCGCGGAUUUCAACGGCGGCGAUGAUGCCAAGGCGACAGCGUCAGGCCAAGGCAGUGUUGCUACUUACUGGCAGCAGAGGUUUGACGAGGAGAGCGUUGCUGCUGUCGAGGAUAAUAACGAUGACAAAAAGCCACCAGCAGUAGUGUCGGCUGCGGUGGGAAUACCCGCUCCAAUCAAAGAAGAAACAGAGAAACUAACGGCGCCGGUUGGGAUUCCCGUGCCAUCGACUACUAAAGAGACAAAACCAGGAGGCGAAGUGACGGCUUCGGUUGGGAUUCCCGUGCCAUCAACUGCUAAAGAGACAAAACCAGGAGGCGAAGUGACGGCUUCGGUUGGUAUUCCCGUGCCACAAGAGCAGCCAAGCGACACUCCAAGUGUCCAGAAAGGCAAUGUUGCUUCUUCGGAAAUCAACAACAAAAAUGAGGCUGGCCCCCCAGAGGGACCUGGAGCCCCACCUGAAGCCCCACCUGGAGCUCCUGGUGUACCCAUGACUGGAUUGCAGCGAGGGCCGGUUGUUCCAGCUGCCAGGGCGCAUCCUGGGGCCUUUAGCAUGCCAGGCCAAGCUGGCCAGGACGAUGGUCUGGACCCAGCGGCUGACGCAGCCAUGGCUGGGGCACCACCGUCAACUAAUUUUGGUUUAGCGGUUGCGAAUCCCGUGGAAGAGGAAAAUGUUGGGGAUCUCGAAAAUGCUCAACCUGUGGAUUUAGCGGAUCAAGAACGAGCUCAACAGGAGAAGAAGAAACAGAGACAAUUCAAUAUUACUAUCGGUGCCCUCAUGGCCAUUGCGUUGGUGAUAUUCUUUAUCAUCUUUGCUGUGGUACAAAGUGACGAUGACCCUCCUCCUCCGCAAGAUACCUUCACCGAUCCCGUCAACAUUACCAACUCGUCAGUGACAGAGCCCCCCAAAACAAACUCUGAAAUUUUGGCUUCGCUGCUUCCUGACUAUACUGUUGAUAGGCUUCAGGCGGGUGGAAGCCCUCAAGCCAGUGCUUUUAAAUGGCUCAUAAAUGAUCCAAACUUUGAGUUCUACUCCGAGAAACGCUUGCAGCAGCGUUUUGCCUUGGCCACAUUCUGGUACGCUACAGAUGGAAAAAAUUGGGGACCUGGUUGGCUCAAAUUCCAACAGCACGAGUGUUACUGGGACCAUUUUAUGGGAAGUGGUACCCAGUAUCUGCGGUUUGGAAUGAGGAAUUCGGAGUACAGAUUCAUCAAUGGCUCUUGUGCUCCCAUUGGAACUGAUGUACUGAAUUCCACAUAUGUCAGUACCACCUCAACACUGGAUGAUGAUGACUUUCUUUAUCUGGCAAUGCAUGAGCAAAAAACUCUCAGUGGUGAACUUCCACCUGAGCUUGAGAUGCUGACAUCCUUGAAGAUGAUGACUUUCUAUGGCACUGCACUGCAAGGAACCAUCCCAGCAGUCCUUGCCAAAAUGACUUGGCUACAUGACAUUGUCUUUGUCAACACAGCUCUGACGGGAACAAUCCCAACUGAACUAGCUCUGAUGACAGAAUUGAGAGGCCUGGAGCUUGGCAGCAGAGGCAUUACUGGAACCUUGCCUUCUGAGCUUGGUCUCUUGUCGAAUCUCAAGACUUUCCAAGUUAUUGACACCAAUGUGACCGAGUCGAUCCCUGUUGAAUACUCAAACCUGAAGAACCUCUUUGAUCUUUACUUCGCCGGAAACUACAUCAAUGGCACCAUUCCUAGUGAGCUGGCAUUGAUGUCUUCUUUGGAAUUCUUCUUUCUGUGGAACAAUGACUUGUCUGGCAAGAUUCCAAGUGAGCUUGCCAGCUUGGAAGAUGUCUGGUUUUUCUCACUGCUGCAAAACAGGCUGACAGGGACCAUUCCGACAGAGUUUGGCACAAUCAAGGGCAUUGAAUAUGCAAGGUUCAUCCGACCAAAUGAAGGUCAGAUAGACCUUCGUGAGAACAUGUUGACCGGCACUAUUCCCUCAGAAUUAGGCCAGGCCACCAAACUGUUUAGAUUGUUCCUCAAUGAUAACUAUUUUACUGGAACAGUUCCAACAGAAUUCGGAAGGCUGACCAACAUGGAUAGGCUCUAUUUUCAAAACAACAUGUUAUCAGGGUCUAUCCCUGAGGAGAUUUCAGGCAUGGAACUUGUGAAACGCUUUUAUCUCUACAACAACUAUUUUGUUGGAUCCCUCCCUUUGGGGCUAUCUGCCUGCACUCGCAUGGAGAGAUUCCAAAUCUUUGACAACUACUUCACUGGGGCUCUGCCAAAGGGUUUUCAAAACUGGACACGAGUUCAACUUCUACAUCUCCAAAACAAUGCAUUCUCUGGGCAGUUGCUGCCCGAGAUUGGAGUCCUAGGACGACUUCGAGAGCUCAAUGUUGCUUCCAAUAGCUUCACAGGGGCAGUUCCAAGUGAGCUUGGCUUAUUGGCAGGGAAUGCAAAUUUUGGACUGUUGAACUUGACGGACAAUGAUGGCCUCUCUGGAACUAUACCUGAUGAGCUGUGUGAUUGGUCUUCGGAGUUUAAAGAGCUGGUGUUCGAUUGUGGACCAAUCUGUGGUUGCAGCUGCCCUUGCGGCACGACAGAAGCACCAUCCUCCAAUGCAUCCUCCUCAACUUUUGUCAUAAUUCCAGUUGCCGAGGAAAGGGAUGGUGGCUUGUAG